CAGCGGCGACAAACUCAUCAUCGAGUACAGCUACGGCUAUGUCAGCACGUCAGCUACAGGGAUUGAUCCUACUAAGGGUGACCGCAAUGGUGCCAUCUACCAGGCAGCUGGUGAGAUGAAGUCUGAUUCUGCCCGACUGAGCUCGGUCUUCCAGCCUUUCUGCUCAUCUUACCUUGGCUACUCGACACUCUUGACAACUGUCACCGCAACCACAACAACCGCCCCUGUUGCUACAUCCACUGCCUACGCCACCAUCACCGCUCCCGCUAUGCACAAACGUGACGAGUCUGAGGAUUUCCCUGGUUUGACCACGAACUCGACAAACGCCGUCCCAGCUGUCUUCGACUCCAACAACAACCAGACUUGGUACCUUCCUCUCGAGUCCAUCACCGCUGACGCUGAUGCAAGCGCCACCGAUGCACCCGCCAAGCGUGAUAUUUCCACCCCUGCUGCCUUGACCAAGUAUCCUGUGACUGUCAUCUCUGCUGCUUGCUCAAUGGCAGCUAGCCAGGUCACCGUGGCUUCGACCAUCACUAUCAACCAGACUAUCACUGCCGCUACCUCGACUACUGUUACCACGAUUGUGUCUACCACCACAGCUAGUGCCGUCCCCACUAGUUCAUCAACUUCAUCUUCUUCUUCGUCGUCGACCUCAUUGUCUUCUUCAUCCUCUUCUUCAUCGUCGGCUUCGUCUUCGACCGCAUCGUCUACCUCAUCUUCAUCUUCGUCUUCGUCUGCUUCGUCUUUGACCGCAUCGGCGACUUCAUCUUCUACCUUAUUAUCAGCUGCAUCAUCCACCGCCAAAGCUUCAGCCACACCCGUAGCUGACCUCAGACUCCGCAUCUCCUCAUCCGGCACAAGCGCCGACGGCCAGGAAAUCGAGUUUGAUUCGGCGACCGCACCCCAGGGUUACUCCAACGCCUACGUCAACUACUAUACUUACUCCACCUUCCUCCAUGGCCAAGCCACCACUCCCAACUUCGUCCUCGAUCCUUCUACCGGCUAUCUUAAGGACAAGAAAUACGGAUACAUCAUGUCUGUCUACAACAGCAACUUCCCUGGGGUUGGCUUGGCUUACACCGUCAUGUUCUUCCCUGCCAACAAGGUCAAGGCUAAUGGUUAUAUCCCUGUCACUUGCAAGGGCACCAAUGUACUUACAUGUUCGGCCAAGAACUCUUGGGGCACCGUUCUGAGCAACGUGUUUGUGCAUCCUCAAUUGGCAUUGACAGGAGAGGCUUUCUGGUCACUCAGGAUGGGAGAUUCGUGGUACAAUCCUCUUAUUGGCGACGUUGCUGCCAAGAUUGGCUUCCAAUAAUUGCGCCAUCUAGGAGUUCGUCAUUUACAGAAGUUUAUAUA